AUGAAGUUCUUGGUAUACCUGCUGUUGGGUCUCGUAGCCGGACUGAAAGCAGGAGGUAACGGACCAGAAGUGUGUCUUUUGGAGCCUGAUGAAGGACAAUGUAGAGGCAUUUUCAGAAGAUGGGCAUGGAAUCCAGCGGAAGAGCACUGUGAACCAUUCGAGUACGGCGGUUGCGGGGGUAACGGAAAUAACUUUAUGACACAACAGCAAUGCCUGGAUGAAUGCUGGAAUAAACACGUUGACAAAGAGCACUGGAAAGAGCCUGAACCGAGAUGCAUUAAGUACAUAAAAUAA